AUCGUUCAUUCACAUUGACCACGAGCCGUUAGUCGUCGUUCGUACUUCGGCUCAUACAUUUGAAGUGAUCAAAGAAUUUUUGUUUGAAAUUUUUUUUCGGAAUGCGACUAUGUGGCACCAUUGUAUUCUUGCUGUCAAUUACACGAUUCAACAGCGGUAUCAUAACUGUGUGCCCUUUUCUUAAACCCCUUGGCUGUAAAAAAUAUGAUGUAAAUUUCAUCAAUCCUUCCUUCCAAUGGCCCCCGCAAUUCGAGAUACAGGUUUACUCGGCCGAACUUCAAAACAUAGUCAUCGUUCAACCCUCCCAACAGCUCUUCGAUUCAAUUGGCUCCUCGCUGAAAUUCCUGAUUCUUCGCAGGUGCAUCUUAUCAAGUUUCUACCUCCCCACCGGACUGGAACAUUUGGAAAUAACCGGAACGGAAAUAGAAGAAUUUUUGCUGCCGGAAAAGUCCGAAAUUCAACUCAAAUCACUCGAAGUAAGAAAUUGUUCUUUCGGUUGGCUUCCGAAUGUUUUAACUCAAAUGAACCGUCUGGGGAAAUUGAUAAUCGCCGAUUCAGAAGAAGAUGAAGUUUCGCUGAAUGAUUUUUCCAUGCUCCAGGCAGAAACUUUGGAUCUCAAAGGAUGCAACAUGGACGUAACUUCUAUUGAAAAUCUACAGUUGACUACAAUAUGCAUUAAUAAGUUCAAACUUACAAUGCCUGAGUUUGGCGGAUGGACUGUUCCGAAGCUUGAGCAUUUGGAUUUAUCUUAUAAUCAAAUAACAGAGCUUCCUAAAAAAUUACCAGUUAUCAACAACGUUCAGCAUUUGCACAUGAACUUCAAUAAAAUAACAGUUGUCAAUAUGAGCGAAUUCGAAACUUUCGUAGCUUUGAAAACAUUAAGUUUGGAAAGCAAUAGUUUAAGCAAUAUUACGAUCGAGAAGAAGAUGGAGUUACCAGUAAUAGAAGUGCUGUCUUUAAGCUACAAUUAUAUAAGCGAUUUAAAAUUCCUGGACCAGAUUCACAUGCCAAAUUUAAGAUUUCUUGGACUCAAUGGCAACGGAAUAGUGAGCCUCCAGUCAGUUAUGCCACACUUGAGAGCUAGCUAUCAUGUGGCUUUCCAGAUAUCAGUGCAGGGAAAUCCAUUGGAUUGUUAUUGGGUACAGGAGGAAAUCAACAGGCUAGAGGACUCUAUAAUUUUCCAAGGCUACAACCUGUACAUGGAAGUUUGUGGCGUGACGAUAAGCAUAAGCUUCUAAUACGACAAUUAGCCGAUAAAAAAUUCCAGGCUGGGUCACGUUCUUCCAGGUGCAAAAGAAACAGUUGGUUUUCAAUAACAAUUUGGAACCGAAAAAAUCUUCGCUGGGAUUUAGCCAUGUCAUAGAACAGACGAACUAUUCACGAAAAAAAAUUCAACAGAAAGUCUGGGAAAAUUUAAACCUUAAUUUUGGCAAACACAUGAAUCAUUUUGAUAUAAAUAAAAAUGCUCUUAAAGAUUUUCGCUAAAUCCCCAAAUCGGAGUUUUCAUCAACAUCAGCGCCGGCGACAUUCACAUUUCAUGUUGACCAGAUAUCUAUAAAACAUCGUCCAAUUGUCGGAACCAAACAACAGAAAGGGUUGCCGAUUGCUGAGGUGUUUGCUGAA